AUGAUGGAUUGGUCCCCCAACUUCACCUGCUUCUCCGUCACUGCUUUGGCAGAGUCCAACCGGACUGGUUCCGGUUCCCUUGUAGACCUGCCUGGUGCCGCCGGACCCUUAUCUGUGUUUAGCGUCCUGGUCUUGACUUUGUUGGCCAUGCUGGUGGUGGCCACCUUCCUUUGGAAUGUGCUGGUUCUGGCAACCAUCUUACGGGUACGUACCUUCCACAGGGUGCCCCACAACCUGGUGGCCUCCAUGGCCAUCUCGGACGUGAUGGUGGCCACCCUGGUGAUGCCGCUCAGCCUGGUGCAUGAGCUCUCCGGGCGCCACUGGCGUCUGGGCAGGCUGCUGUGCCAAGCAUGGAUCUCCUGUGAUGUCCUCUGCUGCACGGCCAGCAUCUGGAAUGUCACCGCCAUUGCUCUGGAUCGCUACUGGUCCAUCACCCGGCACCUGGAGUACACGCUCCGCACCCGCCGGCGCAUCUCCAACGUCAUGAUUGCUCUGACUUGGGUCCUCUCAGCCAUCAUCUCCCUGGCACCAGUAGUCUUUGGCUGGGGAGAGACCUACUCGGAAGACCACGAAGAAUGCCAAGUCAGCCGGGAGCCAUCUUACACCAUCUUCUCUACCUUCGGGGCGUUUUACUUGCCCCUUUGCGUGGUGAUUUUUGUGUACUGGAAAAUCUACAAAGCAGCCAAGUUUCGAAUCGGAUCCCGAAAGAGCAACUCCAUCACGCCCGUUGCUCCUGAAGCCCUGGAGGUCAAGGAACCCUCCCAGCAACCACAGAUGGUGUUCACUGCUCGCCAUGCCACAGUGACCUUCCAAACGGAUGGAGACACGUGGCGGGAGCAGAAGGAGAAGAGAGCUGCCCUAAUGGUGGGCAUCCUCAUCGGAGUCUUUGUGCUGUGCUGGAUCCCUUUCUUCAUCACAGAACUCAUCAACCCUCUCUGUUCCUGUGACAUUCCACCCAUCUGGAAGAGCAUUUUCCUUUGGCUCGGCUACUCCAACUCCUUUUUCAACCCGCUGAUCUACACGGCCUUCAACAAGAACUACAACAAUGCCUUCAGGAACCUGUUCUCCAGGCAGCCAUGA